AUGGCAGAGGAAGCAGCAGAAACCAUUGUGAAAGUGAGGACAAUGUGUAUGGUAAAACCGACCAUCCCACCCCCAACGCAAACAAUGUUCCUCUCCAAUCUUGAUCUUUUUUGGAUAGGCGUCGAUAAAGUUCAAAGCCUUUUCUUCUACAAACUCUCUCCUUUAAUCGAAUACCCUUCAGUAAUACAAGGUCUAAAGAAAAGCCUCUCUUCGAUUCUGGUGUAUUUCUAUCCUCUAGCUGGUCGCCUGAUAACAGGAGAAUCAGGCAGAACAGAGGUUGAUUUGACUGACGGAGGAGUGGUAUUUAAGGAGGCCUCGGCCAGUGUACAGUUUGAAGACAUGGAAAAAGACGGGUUUCGGCGUAAGCCCUUUUUCGAAAAGCUUGCCCCAGAGGUCGAUCUCUCUACAAAUGAAAACCAUAGUAAACCGCUUCUGUCGAUACAGGUCACAGCAUUUGAGGGGAGCGGGAUUUGCAUCGGAACCACCGUUCAUCACGUUGUAGCGGAUGGGAAUUCUUUCCACUAUUUCAUGAAAUCGUGGGCAGAGUGUAGCAGAGGCCAUCCCAUUGCGAAACCUCCUCAGCACGACAGAACAUCACAGCACAAAAACACAUCUGGUUUCGAGAACGAGGUAAAAACCGAAGACCCUCUUCAGAAAAGGAGCGAUCUGAUAUACUCGACGUUUUGUUUUACGGAAGAGAUAAUACAAGAGCUGAAACAACAAAGCAGAGCUUCGAGCUCUUUUGUUGCAGUGGCUGCUCAGUUUUGGAGAUGCGUAAUUAGAGCUCGUGAGAUACCGCAGGAAGAGGCCGUUUUCUUCGGAUUGUUGGCUGAUUGCAGGCGACGUGUUAAGCCCCCUCUUCUUCCAACUUAUUUUGGAAACUGUGUCUCUCCAGGUUCGGCGCAGACUAGAGCCCACACGCUCAUCAAUGCCGACAUCUCAUUUGCUGCGGAUGUUAUCCAGCAACUCAUUAGUUCCUACACCGAGGAAGCCCAUAUCAAUCAUCUGAUUGACUGGGUUGAAUCCUGUAACAGACAUCUUUUGAGAGAAGCCGGUUGGAAAUACGGAACGGGGGCCGUGAGCUCUCCAAGGUUUCCAUUGUACGACACGGACCAUGGAUGGGGGAAGCCUGCGGAUGUGCAGAGAGGAGACGAUUGUGAUAUUGGAAGCAUGGUUUUGUCACCUCCAAAAGAUGGAGGAAAAAGCAUCAUGGUCUCGACCUGCCUUCCUCAACACCAGAUGGACCUCUUACAUCGCCUUCUGUUUCCAGGUACACUGGAAAUUUAA